AUGUUUAAAUCCAGAUAUCAAAUUAAUAGAUACUUUCAACGAAAAAGGAACGUAGAUAGUGUUGAUGAGGGGGCAUCGAAUAAUGUGGAUGUUGAUGAGGGGGCAUCGAAUAAUGUGGAGUUUGAUGUCACAAAACUUCCAACUGAUCCUGAUCUAAGGAUACCAAUUUUGGAUUACAAUGCUAACAUCCGAGAUGAAGUUCGAAGAGCAUAUAUGUUAAAGGAGUUCGGUAGUUGGUUGGAGUACAGUGUAGAGAAGGAUGCUGCUUAUUGUUUGUAUUGUUAUCUUUUCAGAACAAGUUCUGGAAAGCAAGGUGGAGGUGAGUCUUUUGUUGGCGAAGGUUUUACAUAUUGGAAAGAUAAAAAAAGGCUUCAUACUCAUGUUGGACUUCAUGAUAGUGCACAUAAUCAAGCUCGCAUUAAGUGUGAAGUGUUGAUGAAUCAAGAGCAACACAUUCAAUCAGUUUUCUACAAACAGUCAGAACAAGCAAGAAAUGCAUAUGUUACACGCCUUAAUGCAUCCAUUGAUUGUGUUCGAGUUCUUUUGCGACAAGGGCACUCAUUUCGAGGUCAUGAUGAAUCUGAGGAUUCUUCCAAUCCAGCUAUCAAUGCCGUCACAUUGGGAAAUGCUCCUCACAAUUGCAAAUUGACAUCACCUGUUGUUCAAAAGGAUAUAGUAAAUGCUUGUGCUAUUGAAACAAUCAAUGUUAUUAUCAAAGAUGUUGGCGACUCACUAUUUUCUAUUCUAGUUGAUGAAUCUUGUGAUGUGUCAAUGAAGGAGCAAAUGUCUAUUGUUUUACGUUAUGUAGACAAUAGUGGCCAUGUCAAUGAACGCUUCAUAGGGAUUGAACAUGUUACAAGUACCACGGCUCUAUCACUUAAGGCUGCAAUUGAUAAGGUAUUUUCUAGAUAUAACUUGAGUAUGUCUAGAUUGAGAGGACAAGGUUAUGAUGGAGCAAGUAAUAUGCAAGGUAAGUUUAAUGGUCUGAAAACACUUAUUUUGAAGGAGAGUCCAUGUGCCUUUUACAUUCAAUGUUUUGCUCAUCAACUCCAACUUGCGCUUGUAGCUGUGGCAAAGAAGAACAUCCCUAUUACUAAUUUCUUUCGUGUGGUUGGGAACGUGAUAAAUACUGUUGGAGCAUCUUCCAAGCGUUGUGAUCUUCUUCGAGAAAAACAAUUAGACUUUAUUGUUGAGGCAUUAGAAAAAGGUGAGAUUUUAAGUGGACGGGGACUAAAUCAAGAAACGACCCUUCAGCGCUCUGGUGAUACACGAUGGAGUUCACAUUAUAAUUCUUUGGUCAGCUUGCUUGCCAUGUUCUCUUCUGUUUUAAAUGUACUUGCAAUAAUUGUUGAAGAUGAAUCUUGUUCUUGUGAUCAAAGAUCUGAUGCAACAGAUUUAUUGGAGUUGAUACAAAGAUUUGAUUUUGCAUUUAAUCUACAGUUGAUGAAAAGUGUGUUGACGAUGUCAAAUGAACUGUCAAAGGCAUUGCAAAGAAAAGAUCAAGAUAUUGUGAAUGCAAUACAAUUGGUGAGAUUGUGCAAACGAAGACUCCAAAUAAUGAGAGACGAAAGGUGGGACUCCUUUUUUGAAGAAGUAAGUUCUUUUUGUCAACAAUAUUACAUUCAUGUACCCAACAUGGAUGAUAUGUUUGUACGCCUUGCAAUUCGUGGUCGCCCUCAGCGUAAUUCUCCAGAAAUUACAAAUUUACAUCAUUAUCGAGUAGAUUUGUUCUACUCUGUCAUCGAUUUAGAACUUCAAGAAUUGAAUGAUCGUUUCUCGGAGCUAUGA